GUUCAAAAGUUUUACUGAAAAAUAUAAAUUCUAGUGAUAUAAAAUUAGUGCUUUUACGUAUUAGGGGUUAGAAAUUACAUUUGGAAAAGUAUUGAAUUUUAAAUAAAUGAAAAUGUUUCGAUACUAGACAAAAAAUAGUUUUUUAUCGUUCGUGGAAAUGUUCUGUGGCGUACAAUGCGGUAAUGCAUCAAAUUUAAAUUCACAUUUGUAACAGUGUUUAAGUAUGAAACAGAUACAAACCAAUCCUAGUCAUAUUAAGGGUGGCAAAUAUGAAUAUGUAAAAUAAUAAUUUAUACAAAGUACAACAAAUUAAACAUUUGACAAAGAAGAAUCGAAAAACUUUUAAAGAUGCUGAAAUCAGGAGUUCAUAGACAAAUUUACGCCACUAUAGCCGCGUCCAUGUCGAUAUUCAUCAGUGGUAUGUGGCUGGGGUGGCCCAGCUCGGCGUCCGAGAAGUUCAUUAAGCACCAGACGGGAAAAUUGCACGUGAACUUUGACGAACUGUCAUGGAUCGUGUGUAUGAUGGACCUGGGAAACUUCAUCAGCCCACUGUUCGGUGGUUACCUGAUGGACCGAUUUGGCCGGAAGAAGGUGAUCGCCGCGCUUGGCCCGCUGUUUAUCGUCUCCUGGUCGCUGACACUGUUCGUGCCCACUACGGUCGCUCUGUACACGGCCAGGCUGAUGGCGGGCCUGGGCAAGGGCAUCUCAUACACGGUGGUGCCGGUGUUUCUGGGCGAGAUUGCGGGUGUGGACAUCCGCGGCGCCCUGGGCAGCGUGUUCACCAUACAGCUCAGUGGCGGCGUGCUGUUCGAAGUGAUCAUCGGCCCUUACGUGUCUUACCAUACGCUCAACGCCACGUCUGCUGUGGUGCCCGUGCUGUUCUUCAUCGCUUUCCUCUGGGUGCGCGAGUCGCCGUACUACCUGCUCAAAGUGGGCAAGGCGGCCGACGCGGCCCGGUGCUUGCGUUGGUAUAGAGGUUGUGAUGCCGGAAGUGGGAGUGACGAUGUAAAUGCCACCGUGGCCGCGGAGCUCCAGCUAAUGGAGAUGAACGUGCGGAAGGACAUGGAAAACGGGUCGGCGUUCAGCGAGUUGUUCACCAACCGGAACAACUUCCGUGCGCUGGCCGUGGUGGUUGUGGCAUGCGCAGGACAACGUGCGGGUGGCAUCAGCAGCCUGACCGCGUACUCCGCGCUCAUACUACCCGAACCGUCACCAGUCCUGGGCAAGUUCGAGUUCAUAAUCGCGUUCGCCAUCGUCCUGGUGAUAGUAAACUUCGUCGGGCUGGCCAUGGUCGACCGGGUAGGUCGGAAGCCACUGCUGAUCGGUUCCGUGUCGGGCUUGGGAGUGGUCACAUUCUUCUUUGGCGUCUACUACUUCGCCGCCGAAUACUUUGCCGAUACCGCCGCGGCGUUCCGAUGGCUGCCGUAUGUAUGCCACACCACAUUUGCCGCCACGUUUUCUAUCGGUAUCGGCUUCAUACCCGUGGUGUUCCUCGGUGAGAUGUUCCCGGUUAAUGUUCGGUCCCGGUGCUCGGCGUUUGCGUCCGUCACUCUCGCCUUUUUCUCGUUCUUGUCCAACAAGACGUUCCUCAUCGUCUCACACAAUUACGGCUACUACACUAUGUUCUGGACGUUCUCCGCCGUCAACUUUGCCUGUGCAUAUUUUUUGCAUAAGUACGCAAUAGAGACGACCAACAAGACGUUCCUCGAAAUCCAAGAAAUCCUAGACGACAGCGUUCGAAACAGAUCGAGUAGGCGAAGGAAACUACCAGACAUUGUUAUGACGUAUGACGACUCGAGUAAGGUCGAUAUGUAAUGGGUGACUGCAGUAAGUUACGCCCCAAUGUACCAUUUUAAUAUAAAUUGCGUUCUUAGUAUUCCUUGUUUAGAUGUAAAUUGCGUCCCGAGUAUUUCUAGUUUAGACGUAAAUCAGGUACGUCUCGGUUAUUUUAUUAUAUUAAAAUUUUAAAGUUUUUUUAUGUUAUAAAUUUUCAAUUAAUAUUAGCCUUUCCAUUUUCACAGACUUAGGUGUCAACAUUACUGUUAUGGUUGGUUAUUGGU